GACUACAACUCCUAUCAUUCCGAUCUAGUAGGGUCAUUUGCCCUACUGGCUGGUAGUGAUGGGAGUUAUAGUCCAAACACCUCUAGAGGACGGCAGCCAAGGGUAGCCCAGUCCAGAAAUGGAGUCCCUCCACUGGUGAAAGUGCCACACCUAAGAUGGCGCCUGUCGCUUCCUCGAGACGACCGUCAGCGGUUUCCCGCCACGAAAAGGCACUCUGUUAUUACUCUAUCGUUUUCCUUUUGAUGUCACAUCCUGCGAAAGGAAAUUGCGUAAGUCCCUCCUCUGGGACGGGGUUUUGGCGUGUGCAAGCGCUGGGCAGUUGCUAUGGAGACAGUCGACUCCCGGCUGUCCGUGUCGGCGACUCUGGAGGCGCUUAAUGCUCUGCUCCGAGAACAGGCCGGAGACGGAGCUCGCGGGUCAGUCUGGUUCAAAGAGAGCAGCGCCCGGAACUUGCGUGGCCGAGACUUCCUGGCCCCCCAAGCUGCCCUCAGGGCCAUGUUCGCAGACGGACAGGUUCCCAAUGGCAUUAUUGACCGCGUGUGCUCACUCAAAUGCCCAGGAGUGCCACCCAUCCAGAGCUGCCAAAAGGACCCUGCUGGACUUACUGUGCAGUUGAACAGACCUGCUGUCUUUGAGCAGAUCUUGAAAGGCAUUCACAUGUAUGUGAAAUCACCUCAGAUUGCCCAUGGGCAGAGCAUCCUCCUCAACUGUGUUCCCCUCCAUGGGCACAAAGGCCUGAACUCGCUCAUCCUGAGUCAACUGAGAGCCAUCCUGGUCACUGACCAUCUCAUGGGCAUGCUGCAAGCACAAGGGGUGGAUGUCCACCUGGUCCCAGCUUUGGCUGAUGAGGAAAUCCAUCAGUUCCUGCGCCAGCUGCAAGUUGAGUGGCCUUCAGUGUUGGGAACCGCCCGAAAACCUGAGGAUGUUCUAGCCAUGAAGGAAGCCCUUCGCCAGUGUCCCUAUGCCACAUUUGCUCAAACGGAUCAGGAUGGAGUCGUGUGUAAACUGCACUUGAAAGGCUUCUUGCAGAAGCAACAGCAGGAGGGUCUGGAGGGCUAUGACCCUAACAUAGAUGUCUUUUUUGUGACAGAGGAGAAAUUGCAUCAUGUGGCCGAGCUGCAGCGUUUGGUCCUGCAGUGCAUGGCGGCAGAACCAGGAAGACGCUGCAGUGUGGUGCAUGUGGUGAGCAAUGAGGAGGCCUUCCAGCAGCAGAAGGUGGACUUGCUGUGGCGGUUGGUAGCCCCGCAGGCUCUUGCAGCUCCACAGAAACACCUUGUCUGUGGGCCUGUGAGAAUCGCCCGUGCUGUGUCUCCUAUGAGUGUUCCUCAGUACUUCCAGCUGCGACAUUCCCAGAUGUAUGAGGCUUCAGUGCUGAAGUAUGGAGACCUCUCUCAGGCAGAUGAUACCUGGUCUGAAACAGUCAGUGUCUUGACAUCAGCUGCCAUUCGAUUUGAGAUGCUCAGCACAGCCUGUCAGAACCAGGUUCUUCUGGAUGUGGAGGAUACUAGCAUUUCUACCAAGGGGACCAAAAGUGGAGCCUUUGUGAUGUACAAUUGUGCCCGCCUUGCCACACUCUUUGAAACAUGGCAGCGAGCAGCAGAGCAAGGUCUUUACCCAGCCUUCCCCUUACCAUCAGAACUGAAUUACUCCUCUCUGAGGGAAGAGGGCGAAUGGCUCUUGUUGUUCAAUAGCAUCCUGCCUUUCCAGGAGGUCCUGAGGCAGGGAAUCCAGCUCCCUUUCUCAAGUGGUGGGCUCAGGGUCACAGCCAGCACUGAGGCGAUUUGCAAGUUCCUGAUCCAGCUCAGUAUGGACUUUAGUUCCUACUACAACAGGGUGCACAUCCUGGGGGAGCCACGUCCCCACCUAUUCGACCAGAUGUUUGCCCGGUUGCAGCUGAUGAGAGCAGUGCAAGAAGUGCUCCGCUCUGCCCUGGCCACGCUCCACCUGCCUCCCCUGAGCCAGAUCUGAGCAAGGCAGCCUUGUGCUCCCAGCCAGCCUGCUGGCCUCCUUGAUGGGCGGCUCUGUUGUGAAGAGCAGCGGACUGCAAAUUCACACGGCCAAAAGGGGAAGCAUGUUGUGCUGCUGCUGAGCAUCCAGUGGGAGCAGGAUAGGAUCGAAGUCUUGGACUUGAUGUGAACUGCCCUACCUCACGCUGCAAAGAAGACACAUGUGGGGAGCCGGUGCAUUCCUGUUGGUGAGGGCCUGCUGAGUGUCUUCGGGGCUAAAGUUGCAAAACUCCAGCGAGGCAUAAAAAGGAGGGAAAAGGAUGCAGCCGGGCAACAGACACAUGCAGCCCCCUUGGAAUUGCACUGCCCCGAUCCCCUUUGCUCUUUGCUCACAGUGGAUGUACGGAAUGGGGAGGGGGGGGUGCCAGAGCAAGCCAGAAGGAAGCCCAGUUAGAAGAGGCAACUGGUGGCUUACUGGCUAUUUUCAUUCUGUUCUGUGAUGGGGGCUGGUCAUGUUCUGGUCCCAUCUCAGUCGUGUUCCUGCCCUCUUUCGGUUUUGACACCAGCAGUGGGAACAUGAACCUGUAAAUAAAUUACUGGACGCACAUGCACAGAAAGACA